AUGGCAAAGAUGGCAUCUGAUUCGACCGUCCUCUCUUUUGAUGCGAAGCCAUACGCAUUUUCUUUCCCUUUGGCUCAUACUGCAUUGCUCAUUAUUGAUAUGCAGCGCGACUUCUUGCUGGCCAAGGGCUUUGGCGAGAUACAAGGCGGGAACUUGAAAGCCGUCCAGGCUUCAAUCGCCCCUACCAAGAGACUCCUUGAAGCGUGUCGGGGCGCGGGGAUGGCAAUCUUUCAUACUCGCGAAGGCCACAAACCGGACCUCUCAGACUGCCCUUCGGCAAAGCUAAUCAGGCAAGAAGCUGCGCCUGGUAACACACAACACAAGCUAGUCAUCGGCGACAAAGGAGAGCUAGGUCGCCUACUUACUCGCGGAGAGCAUGGCCACGAUAUUAUAGAUGAGCUCUUUUUGGAAUACGACCAUCUUCAUCAACUCAAAGCGAGAGCCAUUACACAUUUGAUCGUUUCUGGCGUCACCACUGAAUGCUGCUUCGCUACAACGAUACGAGAAGCCAAUGAUCGCGGCUUCGAAUGCUGUGGGAUUGAGGAAGCCACUAGUGGAUACAAUGAUGCCUGCUUCAAGGAAACGACAUUGGAUAUGAUACAUUGGUCCCAAGGUCUAUUUGGCUUCAUCGGUUGUUUGGAGCCUUUGCUGGGAGCUCUUGCGCACGUUUCAACCAAGAAAAUCCAAGUCGCUUCGACACCUCCCCAGACACCACGUACAUUUGAUGGUGAUCUCACCAUACCUGCUCUACAACAGGCCUACAAGAAUGGUCUUUCGCCAGUAACGGUUUCUGAGGCAAUCUACGACAAGAUUAAAGAAUAUCAAAAGAUAGACUCGGCAGUAUGGAUUCAUCUUCAGCCACGUGAAGCCAUUCUGGAGGCCGCAAGGCGACUGGAGCUGGAGUAUCCCGACCGGAGUGCUCUUCCGCCAUUAUUCGGCGUGCCAUUCAGUGCUAAGGACAGCAUUGACGUUGCUGGUAUUCCUACUACAACUGCAUGUCCACCACUUACUCAUGUACCAUCGGUCUCUGCUCCCGUCUAUGAGAAAGUCAUGGCAGAAGGUGCCUUGUUUGUUGGAAAGACCAACUUAGAUCAGUUGGCUACUGGCCUUGUGGGAUGCCGAAGCCCUUACGGCAUCCCUCACUCAGUAUAUCACAAGGAUUAUAUAAGCGGCGGGUCAAGCAGCGGAAGCACAGUGUCAGUCGGAGCUAGCCUCGUAUCCUUCUCGCUAGCGACAGACACGGCUGGAUCAGGAAGAGUUCCUGCUGGCUUCAAUGGCAUUGUUGGAUACAAGCCUACGCGCGGGACCAUCUCAUUCCGUGGCAUCACCCCAGCUUGUCUAUCUCUAGACUGCAUUGCGCUGUCCACCAAGACUGUGUCUGAUGCUCGAACGGUAUGGCAAAUACUUGAAGGUCACGACCCACUCGAUCCCUACGCAAAACCCCAAAUAGCCUUUGAGCGUCACAUAAACAGUAUUGGGCCGCAAUCGCGUACCUUCAAGUUUGGCGUUCCCCCUCCUGAGGCACUGGCAAUCUGCUCAACACCUGCUCGUCGCAUGUUCAACGAAACAAUAUUAAGACUCCAGAAGAUGGGUGGAGUCCUCACGCAGAUAGACUGGUCACCAUUUCAGAAAGCCGGACAACUGCUCUACGAUGGAACGUUCGUCUCCGAACGCUUGGCGUCUCUACCCGACGACUUCCUGGGGAAGAACCGCUCAGCCCUACACCCAGUGACUGUCCAGCUUAUGGAUGCUGUCACGGACCGAAAGAGCUCAGCCGUAGAUGCAUAUCGCGAUCUACAAGCCAAAGCUCUCUACACACGACAAGCGGAACAGGUGUUUGCAUACUCGGCCUCGGGUGUGGAUGUCAUUGUUGUACCCACGGCGCCUACACAUUGGAAAAUAAAAGAAGUGCUUGCUGAUCCCAUCAGAAAGAACAGUACACUGGGUGAGUUUACGCAUUGUGGAAAUGUGUUGGACUUGUGUGGUGUUGCUGUUCCCGCAGGUACAUAUCCUGUUGCAGAGUUGAGUGGUCAAGAGACGGAUGAGGGUGUGUUGCCGUUCAGCAUAACAUUGCUAAGUGGCUCUAGACUUGAUGCUGAGCUGCUGGAGAUUGCGAGAAGAUUCGAAAAGAGUUUUACGCAGUGA